AUGGGUGGUGUUGAUUUGAUUGACAUGUUAAUUUCAUUGUAUCGAAUUAAUGGCCGUUCAAAAAAGUACUAUACUAAGAUUAUCUUUCAUCUUAUUGAUCUUUCAAUUGUAAAUGGUUGGCUAUUGUACCGUCGCCAUUGUUCACAGCUUAAUAUUCAAAAAAGAGACACCAUGUCUUUAUUAUCAUUUCGUAUAAGUGUUGCUGAAGCUAUGCUUAAAUCUGCACCACCUACACCUUCAACAAAACGUGGUCGUCCAUCUUUAGAUUCAACAUCAAAUGAAAAUAAUCAAACAACAACAUCAAGAGCUGUGCCAAAUUCAAUUCCACCAUCAAGUGUUCGACUGGACAAGUUUGAUCAUUGGCCUAUUCAUACAUCAAAAGGUCGUUGUCGAAAUUUUGGUUGUAUUGGUUAUACAACAAUUUGUUGUUCGAAAUGUCAACUACGUCUUUGCUUGAACGAUAAGAGUAACUGUUUCAAACACUAUCAUCAUUGA